GGAUUGAAGAAGUGUGUCUAAAAAAUUUCUCUCCAUGGCAAGCACUUGCAGAGUAUGUGUUCUCGUUAUAGUAAGUGUAUUAUUGCUUGGUCUUGGUGCCUUGUUUGCCUAUCUUUUUUGUGGUACAUUAGAUUAUAUAACUGAGACAUUAAUUACGGAGAGCCAUCAUAAGUGCAUCCCGUCUGCCUGCGGUAACAUUCACAACAUAACCAGCCCUUUUCGACUAGCCAAAGAUCCAAAUCAAAUCAACUGCACGAACUGGGAUUGGCAUUACCACCUCUUUUGUCACAACAACCGCACAGUAUUGGAAGUAGAUUCAGGAAACUACUCUGUGCAGGCAAUCAACUACGACAACUUCACAAUCCGAGUUGAAGAUCCUGGCAUUCGCAACAAUGAAUUCUCCUCCAUCCCCCGUUAUUCGCUUUCCAUUUACAACUUAACUCCGUACAGUCAUCUUCGAUUAGCAUCAAGUACAACACCAAUAACUUUCUUCAAGUGUGCAAAAGCCGUGAACUCGUCUGUGAUGAGAACGUAUAACUAUGUCAAGCAAGGGAAUAUAAUGGCAUCAGAUAUGGAGGACGGGUGCAGAAUAGAGUGGACGACUUUGAUGAGUAAGUCGUUCUUGUACGGAAAGGACAGAAACUUUUCUUAUCAUGACAUACACAGCGCACUGGGGUAUGGCUUUGAGCUUCACUUCAACUCUCCCAGGACCAGCUACAAAUUUGAUAUUUACGAGUGGCUGAUACUCGGAGCAUUUUUCCCAAUAAGAUCUAUAUUUGGGGUUCCAUUUCUGGCUGCUCUUCUAUUCUACAAACGCCGAAGAAUGCAUUUGUCAAUGUAUAGCAGCAUAGAAGAUUUCUUGCAAAGUGAUAACAACCUCAUUCCGAUAAGGUACUCUUACUCAGAUAUUAAAAAGAUGACCAGUAGAUUCAAUGAGAAGUUGGGAGAAGGAGGUUAUGGCUCUGUGUUUAAAGGAAAGUUACGCAGUGGUCGAUUUGUAGCAGUAAAAAUGUUGGAGAAGCCUAAAGCUAAUGGACAAGAUUUCAUAAGUGAGGUAGCUACUAUUGGGAGGAUUCACCAUUUUAAUAUGGUUCAACUUGUUGGUUAUUGUGUUGAGGGAUCAAAGCGUGCCCUUAUUUAUAACUUCAUGCCAAAUGGAUCUCUUGAUAAAUACGUUUAUUGCAAAGAAGGAAGCAACCCCUUAAGUUGCAGGAAAAUGUAUGAGAUUUCUCUUGGAGUGGCUCAAGGGAUCAAAUAUCUACAUCAAGGUUGUGACAUGCAAAUUCUACAUUUUGACAUCAAGCCUCACAAUAUUCUUCUGGAUGAGAAUUUCAUCCCAAAGAUUUCUGACUUUGGGCUUGCAAAGCUAUAUCCGGUAGGUAAUACCAUGGUCUCUUUGACGGCAGCAAGAGGAACAAUGGGAUACAUGGCUCCUGAGUUGUUUUACAAAAAUAUUGGAGGUGUCUCAUACAAAGCUGAUGUCUAUAGUUUUGGAAUGUUGUUGAUGGAAAUGGCAAGUAGAAGGAAGAAUUUGAACGCAUCUAUGGAGCAUUCAAGCCAAAUUUAUUUUCCUCUUUGGGUCUCAGACCAAUUUUGCACGGGCAAAGAGUUUGAGAUGGAUGAUGCUACAGAAGAGGAAAAUAAAAUAAUAAAAAAGAUGAUUAUAACUGCUUUAUGGUGUAUACAAUUGAAGCCAAGCGAUCGUCCUUCGAUGAACAAAGUUAUAGAGAUGCUUGAGGGAGAGGUUGAAUGCUUGCAACUCCCUCCCAAACUUCUUUUAUGUCCACAACAAGAGAAGCCCAGAGACAAUCUUCAUGGUAAUUCGAAUCCAAUGUGUUCUAACACAGAGCUAACAUGUAGUACUCUGUCAGCUAGGUCUCAACUAGAGUUUCAACUUUAAUUUCAAUUUUAUUAUUGUUUGAGGUAAUAAGGGAAAUAUAUGGGUUCAAGUUGCAUACAUUAAAAAUACGUUUUUAUUUUGAGCAAAUACUUAUGUGGUUUUGCUCCUCUGCCACCACAAGCAUCACCAUCGUUGUCACUAUCACUACCACCACCAUUGAGUCAUAUCUCAUAUAUAGUGUUUUUUUUUUUUU